AUGGCGGCGGGUAUUGUCGCCCUGCCGUCCACCAUAGCAGCAACCCAUACUACCCACACCACCUCCAAAGAUGUUGUCAUAAUCGGCGGUGGCGCUGCUGGCACAUACGCUGCUGUUCGACUGCGUGAGGACUACGGGCAGAGUAUCGCUUUGAUAGAGAAAGAGGGACUCUUAGGUGGUGCAGUCAACACUUGGACUGACCCCAAAACUGGGACACCAUACGAACUAGGCGUUGAGGCCUUCCUGGACUACAGCAAAGCGAGGGAAUUCUUUGCCCGCUUCAACGUGUCGGUGAAUCCUUCCACACAAGAAUCAGUAAUUACCCGUUAUGCAGAUUUUUGCACUGGCCGUUGGGCGAACUACACGGCACCUACUGCCACAGAACAGUUUACCGCGUUCGAGAAGUAUGUCAAACUCGCUGAGCAAUACGAGGACAUGAUGCUACCUGGACUCUGGAAUUUUCCAAGCCCCGGUAAUAUUCCCGAGGACCUGCUUCUCAGCUUUGGCGACUUCGCCAAGAAACACGGUAUUGAAGCUGCGGUGCCUACGAUUUGGGACAUAGCCGCGGUAGGCCUGGGAGAUCUGAAGACUCAACCAACCUUCUAUGUCAUACAGACAUUCCCGGCGCCGCUCGCACGAGUAUUCAUCGGCAAGGGUCAAACUCUGUACGUGGCAUCCCACAGAAACCAGGACAUAUACGACAGAGUGUCGGAGCUUCUCGGUGACGACGUCCUAUACUCCAGCGUUGUUGACGGACAUCUGACCGAGAUUCGCGCCAGGCGUUUGCUCAUUGCCAUCCCACCGACCGUGACCAACCUCGCGCCCUUUCAGCUUGACAAACAUGAAUUCGAUGUAUUGUCUAAGGCAAAGCAUACGACAGCGUACGCUGGUGGCGUCGUAUCUUCAAAUCUGCCUCUCAACACUAGCAUUGUCAACACCGCACCCUCUGGGGACUGGCUGGACUACCCAGAUCUCUCAUUCCUACAGUGGUUUAAGAACCUGGAUUCACCAGACAGUUAUCACAAGGUUAUGAUGUUUGGAGACGAGACUCUGGAUAGUAAGGGCGCAAAGGCGGUUGUCGAGCAGUCUUACAAAAGAUUGGUCCAGGCGGGCAGUCUGCCGGGAGAAGGUGGCACGAGGCUUGAGUGGCUUGACUUUGCGGAGCAUGGAUCCGUAAACUUGCGGACCUCAGUCGAGGAACUGAAAGCCGGCUACAUCCAGGAACUAUAUUCUCUCCAGGGACAUCUCUCAACUUGGUACACGGGUGCAGCUUGGUCGUCGCAGCUGCAUACUCCCACGUGGGCUUUUUCGGACACGGUCGUGCCUCGGCUGGUGGAGAGCCUGAAAUAA